UAGGUAGAGUUUUGAGGACUUUGACUUGAUAUUUUAUUUAGAUUUGGUUGAGCUUAAGAUGGUCACGAGGAUCCAUUUGAUUAAGAGCACACAGUUGUUUGGUAUGCAUCCUCUCUGAGGACAGAAAUACAGACAGAGAGACAGAGAGAGAGAGAGAAAGAGAGAGAGAGGGGACGAGUGUUAGACCUCUGAUAUGGAGGCAUGAGGGCCAGUUGGCAUCUGAACCGAUCGGGCUGUUUGUGAUUGGCUGUGAUGUCAUCGUUGACAUUCGUGGUGCUCCUGCUCCUCGGGUUAAAGGUCAUUGACACGACCACGGACACAUGGACGCACUGUACAGGUCUGCCCCCUCUGGAUCUUCUGUCUUUUGUCCUCGAGAGGGACACCUCCAAGCUCAUGCCAGGGGUGCACAUGAGGCAGGCUGGAGGGGUUAGGGGUGUACGUUUCUCCAGCCCUCACCCUUCUCUGAGCUUCCCCUCCUCCCAGCUCCUGGUGAACUGUGACUUCUUCCCCCAGGAGUUCUCCAUUGUUGUGACUCUAAAGAUCAAUCACAAUGCACACAAGAGAAAUGAAUACAUCUUCUCUGUGCUGGAGGAACGGAAAGAAGAGAACGGAACUGUGGAGGAAGAGAAGGAUGAAGGGACUCAUUUAGAGAGGGAUAUUAACGGAGAGGAGCAGGUUGGAGAGAGGGAGGAGCACACGCAGGUCAAGAGAGACGGGGGCGGAGGACGGGUCGUCCUGGGGCUGCGGCUCUCGAGAAACCGUCUGCACUUGGUCUUCAAACGUCACGGGGGGUUCGUACAGCACUGGGUCUUCCGAGGCAUUCGCCUGGUUGAUAACCAAUGGCACACGCUGGUUUUAACUAUUAGUGGCCGUCACGCCAGGCUCACGGUGGAUUGCAGCUCACCAUUGGAAAUGGUUCCUUCCAGGUCUUUUCCCUCUGACCUCAACAUUCAGGGAUCGAGGUUUCACAUUGGCAGUCGGGGAAGAUGGAAAGGCCUGUUUUCAGGUCUACUGCGACAGCUGGUUCUGGUACCCGGAUCUGAUGCUGAAAGUCAGAUUUGCCCCUCUUCAUACCCCACACUAACGGCUCUGUCAGUACCACCACUUCUGUUGGAUCUGCCUGUCAUGGAGAAGGAGGCUGACAGCUAUCUGCCCUCCAAUGAUGGAGCGGUUCGAGUAUCAGUGGGGUUGGAACGCCUGUGUUCAAACUCGCUACAAGGCCAGCUGUGGUUCAAUCCGCUCAGGAAAGGCCUCUACCUCUGCGACGGCACAGGAUGGGUUCCCGUGUUAGAGGAGCAUAAACGACUGGACUAUGUCUUAGAACAUCAGGUCCUCACCACCAGCUCAGAGACGUAUGACGUCGAGGUGUUCCAGGUACCCGACAUGGGUCUGAUGGCUGCUAUGGCACACCGUUCCACAGCCUCUGGGUCCGCUGUGUACUUAUGGAAACACACCGGCUUCCAGCUCUACCAGAAUAUCAGCACCUAUGGGGCCCUGUCGUGGAGACACUUCAGCAUGGGAAACAAGACAUUUCUUGUGGUGUCGAACUCCGGGGGAGGGCCAGAGGAGCACCCCGGGAAAGAGUCAGAGACAGAGAUUUCUGUGAUAUACAAAUGGAGCAAAAGAAGAAAAAAGUUUGUGCGGUACCAGACCCUGCAGACCCACUGUGCACGGGACUGGGAGGCCUUCCACAUCAAUCAAAACACCUAUCUUGUCGUGGCCAAUCACCGACAAGGCAACAAUAAUCACACCAUAAAUAGUGUGGUGUACAAGUGGAACAGGCUAACAAAGUCUUUUGAGGUUCACCAGAUGCUGCAGACCUCAGGCGCCUACGACUGGGAGUUCUUCACUGUCGGACCGUACCAUUUCCUGGUGGUUGCGAACGCUUUUGAUGGAGUCACCACUCACGUAGACUCUGUCAUCUACGUCUGGGUCAACGGAAGCUUUGAAGUGUUUCAGACAAUUAAGACCUUCUGUGCAACAGACUGGGAGAUGUUCCAGAUUGGCAGCAGAGUUUUCUUGGUGGUUGCCAAUGGACACAGGCUCCAUGGUAACGGGCCCAGUCGAUACGCCAUCAACUCCACUAUCUAUGAAUUGGACUUGAACGGACAGCUGUUUGUCCGCUUCCAGGAUAUUGUCACCUACAGUGCCGUGGACUGGGAGUUUUUCACCCUGGGGGAGGAGAAUUUCCUGAUUGUUGCCAACUCCUUUGAUGGGGACUCCUACUCUCUCAACAGCAUACUCUACAGGUGGCAGGGAUAUGAAGGCUUCGUUCCUGUCCACUGGCUGCCAACCAUCGGGUGCAGUGACUGGGAGUUUUUCAGCUCCAAAGGAGACUCUUACCUGAUCUACUCGAGCGCCAGAGCUCCUCUCUCCAAAGUGUUCAAGCUGAAAACUCACUAGGCCGAGAAGAGAGCGAAC